CCCUCUAUAACAAUAUUGUCUGUACACCUCAUGUAAUUGGGAAACAAAGUAAGAAUACCUGAUGAUUGAAAAUUAUAUCGCUAUGUUCAUUAAUAGGAUUUUUUGUGAAAUGUCUGAAAUGAUACUAACAACAAAAAGUCUUGAAAAGAGUUAAAAACGCAGUAAAACUCUCUGCCAGCCACCAGACAUGCCGUUCCAUCGGAAAGGAAGAUAUCGGUGACGUCACGAAGUCCUAGCCAAUCCGAAUUCACUAACCGCUUCCUUCCACCCUUUUUUCAACUUUGCAUUGCCUGUCUCAAAAAGAUAUUCUACCCUCACACAUGCGUUACGACAGAAGGCGAAGCAAUAUCACCUAAAUUUAACAACUGAAAGUUUGAUCAUCUUUUGGACCAAAACAUAAAUAGCAAUGGAUAAGGAAAAAGGAAAAGAUUCCCCUGACCUUCUGUCAGCAGCAUUGGAUGAAUCUGGCAUCACCCCUGAAAAUGAUCCAGCAGCCUUAAAUGACAAGGACUUCAUGAGAAACUUCCAAGAAAUGCCCAAAACUCAGCAGACAGAAAAUUACAUGCAAAUGGCCCAUAAUGUUUGGAACCCUGCUGCCUUUGGCUUUAAUCCUGCUAUGAUGGAAUAUGCAUCUAAAUUUCCUUUUAUGGACAAGAAUUUUGCUAGCAUGAUGCGACCAGAGAUGUUUGCCAAUCCAGCUUUUAUGCAAAUGGCUUUGCAAAAUCAGAUGAUGAAUGGUUUUGCGGGAUACCCAUACAACAUGCAAAACAAAGAUUUUAAUCCUUAUUAUAUGAAUGGCGAAGCUGCCUAUCGAUCCAUGAUGAUGAGUGCCGCUCCACAAAGGGCAGAACCUGAAGAAGAAGCGGAGGAUGAAGAGGAAUUGCUUCGGGCUGAGACCUAUGCUGAUUACAUGCCAUCAAAAUUAAAAAUUGGUAUAAGGCACCCUGAUCCUGUUGUUGAAACGAGUUCUUUAUCUAGUGUUCAGCCACCUGAGGUUUGGUAUAAGUUAAGCAUUCCAGAAGAAACAAUUGAUAGAGGAUCACUUUCAGCUUUGCAGUUGGAAGCUAUCACAUAUGCAUGCCAGCAGCACGAGACUAUUCUCCCGGAUGGCACGCGAGCUGGCUUUUUGAUUGGAGAUGGAGCUGGUGUUGGAAAGGGUCGUACCCUUGCAGGAAUUAUUUAUGAAAAUUAUCUGCUUGGUCGUAAAAGAGCGAUUUGGCUUAGUGUUUCUAAUGAUUUAAAAUAUGAUGCUGAAAGAGAUCUGAAAGAUAUAGGUGCUGGUAAAAUUGAAGUGCAUGCUUUGAAUAAAUUCAAGUAUGCAAAAAUCUCUUCGAAAAUAAAUGGUAGUGUCAGAAAAGGAGUAAUAUUUGCUACAUAUUCUUCUUUAAUCGGGGAGAGCCAGUCUGGAGGGAAGUACAAAACUCGGUUGAAGCAGCUUUUACAUUGGUGUGGAGAUGAUUUUGAUGGCUGUAUUGUUUUUGAUGAAUGCCAUAAAGCUAAGAAUCUCUGCCCAGCUGGUUCCAGUAAGCCUACUAAAACUGGUUUGACUGUUUUAGAUUUGCAGAAUAAGUUACCUAAAGCUAGGAUAGUUUAUGCUAGUGCUACUGGUGCUUCAGAACCUAAAAAUAUGGCAUAUAUGACUAGGUUGGGAUUAUGGGGAGAAGGAACUCCUUUCAAAGAAUUUACUGACUUCAUAUCAGUUGUUGAGAAGAGAGGUGUUGGAGCUAUGGAACUUGUUGCUAUGGAUAUGAAAUUGAGAGGAUUGUACAUGGCUCGGCAGCUAAGCUUUUCAGGAGUUACUUUCAAAAUUGAAGAAAUCCCUUUAUCAGAACAUUUUAAAGACAUGUAUAAUGAGUCAGUAAGCUUAUGGGUUGAAGCUCGAGCAAAAUUUGCUGAAGCAGCUGAAUUGAUGGAAGGUGAUCCCCGAACAAAGAAAACGAUGUGGUGUCAGUUUUGGGCUUCACAUCAGCGAUUUUUCAAAUAUUUAUGUAUUGCUUCAAAGGUCCCACAAGUUGAGAAACUUACUAGAGAAGCGUUAAAAAAUGGCAAAUGUGUUGUAAUUGGCUUGCAGUCUACUGGUGAAGCACGUACUUUAGAACAGCUUGAGGAAUCUGGAGGUGAAUUGACAGAUUUUGUUUCAACUGCUAAAGGUGUUUUCCAAUCUUUAGUUGAAAAACAAUUUCCUGCCCCAGACCACAAAAAAACAAUGAGACUCUUAGGACUUGAUCUGCUACCAGUCGGCAAUAAUUCAGCUGGAGCAUCCACAUCUUCUGGAGGAAAACGUAAACCUUUAAGAAGAGCACGGCAAGGUGUUAAACGCUAUAGAGAAUACAAACUUUCGGAUGAAAGUAGCUCAGAAGAGUAUAUUCAUAGUGGUGGGAGUGACUUUGAACCAUCAGGUGAUGAAUCACCUGUUGGUGAAAAUGAUGAUUUAAUGUCACCUUCAGGAUCAGAUUCAGAAAGAGAAAGUGACUUCAAUCCAUUUGAUGAUGAGUCUGAUAGCAAUGGGCCUUGGACAAAUCGAAAAAAGAGCAAGAAAGGUAAAAAACGUAAGAGCAAAAGUAACCAUGGUUUCAAAAAGCAGAAACAACCACCAAAACCUCUUCCCAAUAUUGAUGCAGUUGAGAAGGCAUCUGCAAUGAAAGCAGAAUUGUUGGAAAAAAUUGAAAUAUUAGGCGAUUCUUUGCCUCCUAAUACGCUUGAUCAGCUGAUAGACAGCUUGGGUGGUCCUGAAAAUGUGGCUGAAAUGACUGGAAGGAAAGGCAGGGUUGUUAGUAAUGAUGGUAAUAUACAAUACGAGUCAAGAUCUGAAGCUGAUGCACCUUUAGAGACUUUAAAUAUGGUAGAAAAACAGCGAUUCAUGGACGGGGAAAAACAUAUUGCUAUUAUUUCCGAGGCAGCAAGUUCUGGUAUAUCUUUACAGUCCGACAGAAGAGUAAAAAAUCAAGCUAGGCGAGUCCACAUGACUCUUGAAUUACCCUGGAGUGCUGACAAAGCUAUACAACAGUUUGGAAGAACACAUCGAUCAAAUCAAGUUAAUGCACCAGAAUACUUAUUUUUGAUUUCUGAUCUAGCUGGUGAGAGGCGUUUUGCAUCCAUUGUUGCCAAACGUCUGGAAAGUUUAGGAGCUCUCACUCAUGGUGAUAGAAGAGCUACUGAAAGCAGAGAUCUAAGUCAAUUCAAUAUUGACACCAAAUAUGGACGAACUGCCCUAGAAGCAACAAUGCGGGCUGUUAUGGAAUAUGAUAUUCCUCUUGUUCCUCCUCCUUCUGAUUACAGGGGAGACUUCUUUGCCGAUGUUCGCCGAGCUUUGAUUGGUGUAGCCCUUAUAAAUGAAAAUCCUCAUAGUGGGUAUCAUAUGUUGGAUAAAGACUAUAAUAAUAUGGCUAAGUUUAUGAACAGGAUACUUGGACUUCCAGUUGAACUUCAAAACAGACUCUUCCAAUAUUUCACAGAUACAUUAGAGGCUGUUAUAUCACAAGCCAAGAAGGCUGGCAGAUAUGAUUUAGGCAUUCUUGAUUUGGGCAGUGGCGGUGAUCUGGUCAAGAGAGUAAAAGUAGAUUCUUUCCAUCAGAAGCAUGCUACAGGUAUAGCUAAAACUGAAUUGCAUACUGUUCUUGUUGAACGUGGUCUUAGUUGGGAAGGUGCUUUAGAGAAAUGGGCUGAAUGCAAUGAUAAAGAUGAAGGAUUUUACCUUUCCUCUCAAGCAAGGAAUAGCAGAAAAACUGCUAUUUUGGCUGUUGCCGAUAGUGGUAAGAGUAAAAGUGAUAAAGGUAAGCUGUUUAGAGUAUACCGACCUAACACUGGUCUGCAAGCAAAACAAGAAACUCUUGAAGAGUUAAAAUCAAAAUAUCACAAAUCCACUAAAAAAGAGGUAGAGGAACAUUGGAAAGAAAAUUACGAAGCAUCCGAGAACCUUUGCAGUCACAUGUACUGGUAUGGACAGUGUCGGCGAAAAACAAUGGGUGGAAGCUGCGAGGUUGGUCUUAGACAAAGAAAAUAUUAUGUCCUAAGUGGAGCUGUAUUGUCAGUAUGGACAAAAAUUGAGAGUAUCAUGUCUGCUCAUCAUGGCAACCAUAAUGCUAAAUUACAAGUAGUUCGAUUGAAAUUUGAGGAAUCGUCGAGAGUUGUUGGCUGUCUUAUUCCUGCAAAUGUUGUGGACGUUCUAAAGAAAGUGCUGGCAGAAGAUGCUACUGAAACUGAGGAGAAAGAAUUCUAGUGUUUUAAAGUCUUUCUGUGCUGAGUUACUAUUGUGAUAUUGGUGGAAAAUAACUGUUGAGCACAAACUGUUUUGAGUGUCUAAUUGGAGAGGACACUUAAUUUAACUGCUGCACUGGUUUUCACAUUAAUUGUUAAGCCAGCAUUGUUUUUACUCUGUAUCAAAUUUCAUUUUAUUGGCUUCACGUGAUUGAAUGAAAUUCAUAAUUGACAUACCAAAAGCAUUCUUUAAAUCAUUAAAGACAUAACUAAAUCAUGUAAUAUUAAAAUAAAAUCUUUCUUCAUACAUUUGUUUCAACAUUAAAAAUGGCCUCAAAUCUUAAUUUUUUUUUUUUUAAAGUAUUGAUUUUUCUUCUCAUAGCCUGUUCUUUCCUAAAAGAUUUGAUGACCUGAAAUAUCAAUCAAAUGUUGAAUUUAUCUAGUUAGACUAAAUCUUAAAUAAGAAAAUGACAUUCCUUUUUAAUUUAACUAUAGGAAGAAUAGAAAGUUCAGAAGGUAAAAAUGAAAUACUCUAGGCUGAGUAUAGGAUGCUUUUCUUGUUUAUACUUGCUGAAUAUUGAAUUGGAUAACUUUAUUGGCACCACCCCCCCCCUUAUUUAAAAAAAAAAAAAAAAUCAUUAUGCAAUUUCCUCUGUACUCAAUUUUUGAAUGUUAUUCACUAAGAAUAAAUUUGAGAAAAUAUUUCAAACAAGGUAUUAGUUAACAUUCAUAUGUGAAUGGAUGGCGCCAUUUCAUAAAUGUUGGUGAAUUUUUUGCUUUUAAGCUUGUGGAAUUAUUGAAAUGUGGGAAGUAAUAAUGUGAAUAAAAUUUCUAAAUUUCCUUUCCUUUCUUUGAGAUAAUUCAAUGUAUUAUACUAGAAACAUGCAUUAAGAUCUACAAGUUGAUUACAUUACCAUUAUAUAAAUUACUGCUGCCAUAAAACUGAUGUUAGUAAUGGCAACAGUGAAGAAGCAUUUGUAAAGAAAUAAUUUUGUAUCAUAUUAAUGAUAAUUGGUUUAAUUUCAAAUUUAUUUAAUGUAUGGCAAAUUAGAUGUUGUGUUACCUAGUAGACUGCACAAGUUUUUUGCAAGGAAAUAACAAUCCUUGUAUAUUUUAAUAAACGCUUAUAAAUUUUGAGGCCAUUUAUUAGUAUUAAGUUUGUUUUAUUUUGUCUUUUGAAUAACUUAGGAAUAGUUGUCACCCUAUUUUUAGUGGGAGGGAAACUUUUAAAUGUUUUCUGUAUGGUAUUUUGUAUGGUAACAAACAAAAUCAGUUUUAUUUCACGAUUUGGUCAUUUUCAAAAUUCAUUUUAAAUCUUUUGAGUCAUUUAUGGUUAAUAAAAAUUGGACUUUUUCAUAAUUUAAGUUGCUAUUCUGUCAAAUUGCUUUUUGUUUUGCUAUUUAUCGAAAUUUUUUGAAAUGGAAUCGGUAAUUAUCAAUUUCUUUUAUGUUUACAUCAGUUUAUUGAAAUCUUUAUAUGCAUUUAAAGACCAACCUUGCAACUGCUGAUAUAAGCAGUCAUUGUGUAUGAAUAUAUGUAUAAAACUGCUUGAGCUGAGGAUGUUAUUCGUCAUUUAUCCCUCCACCCCAGUUAAUGUCGGUUCUGUAUAUAAACCUAUGUUCAAAAUCUGAAUUACAGUUAAAUAUUCCACCAUUUAAUUUAAAAUGAUACACAUUAUCCCUAAUCUUAUGCUCUCCUAUUAGGAUUAGGUGCUGUGCCAAAAAUUUUGCUUUUAUUUUAUUAAUUAGACAUGUUAAAUUCUUGAAUCCCUUUUUGUAUUUUUAACAGCCAUGUGAAAAAAUACAUCCUAGAAAUAAUAUGGAAAUGCAUUUUUUAAGUUCAUUAAAUGGUCUACAAAUUUUUAAAGUAAAUUUGCAAAGAAGAAUGUUAUUUCUGUGUUUUUUAAUAGAUUGAAUAGUCUCUAUGCAAGUACAAAUAAUUUCUAUAUGAUAAAAAAAUAAAUAAAAUCUAGCAAUUAUUUUUUAAAAUAAGUCUUGGAGCAUAAAAUGCUUAGAAACCUGGAUUUAAUAUAAAAUUUUUGUAAUAAACGAUACUAACUUUCUAUGAUACUUAUUUUAUUUGAAGUUAGAAUUUUUUUAAAUGUUGUUUUAAUAAUUUAUUGGUUAUGUAUUAUAUUGGGAAUAAAUUUAUGUGCAUAAAUUUUAAAAUUGCUUUAAAUAUUAAUCAAGCAAAUAGAAUAUCAAAUUUGUUAAAUGCUGUUUGCUUUAAUUUUAUAUGUUAAAAACUUUUUUUGGUUGUUGCAUCACAUUAAACUUUUUAAAUUAAAUUUAAAACUUUUGAUUUGAUAUAUAUAAAAAAUUGUUUUAUGAUUUUUGUAAUAUUACUCGAAAAUUACCAUUCAAAUGUUUGCACUAAAAUACUUCAUAGCUUCCAAGAAAUAUGUCGUCCGAUUGUUAAAAAAAGUUAAUGUUAAUUUUUUUUUAGUUACCAAAGCUUUAUUUUUUAAAAUCUAAUUUAUUCUAACAUAAAUUUAACAAAUUGAGAUGAGAAGCAUUUUGUAAAUUUUGUUCCAUCAUAUAGCAUUUUAAAUUAUUCGGGGGUAGUAUGCUUUUCUGUGUAUGUAAAAUUUUCAUUUUGUAUAUUUUUAAGUAACAUUUUAAAACACCAUAUUUGCAUUUUAUAUUCUUUCAUCUUGUUCUUUGUCAUUAUAAUAUUUUCUGGUGGAUAACUUGUUUUCCUUUUAAACCCUUCAAUAUGCAGUUAAAAAUUGAUGUAGUAAAAGUUUUAAAGGAGCAUUAUUAAAUAGUUUGGAAUUAAGGAACUAUUUAUUUUUCUCUUUAGCCUUGUAAUUACUGGUUACUUUAAAAAAAAUCUAAAAGUCUGUUAUUAUGAAUUAUGUUUAAAUUUGAUCAUUUUAUUGAUUUAAGGAAAUGUUAUUAAAACCCUUGAUUAUAUUCUUAGGUUAGGCCUGUACUAAGCUAUUUCAGUAAAUUAUGAAUUUAAGAAUCUUCUGUUUAGUUAAAUUUCUAAUAUAUAUAAAACACAUUUGCAUGAAAUUUAAUCCAUAUAAAUUAAUUUCAGCACUAUUUAUUAUUUUUAUUUAUAAAAUACUUAUUAUAUUUAUAGAACUUUGUAUUACAUUUAUAGAAGAAAGUUAACAAAUAUUACUUCAUUAUUCUUUGAUUUAAGAAAAGUCUUUUGCUCUUGCAUUUCAUUAAAAAUACAACAUCUUAUUUUGACAAUUCUUGAUGUCUGAAAUAGCUUAGUUGAUGAUCUUGCCACAUUUAUUACUUUUUAAUUUUGUGAUGUUUUGUGCUGCUGCUUAUUUAUUUCAUUUAAAGCUUGAUUUAAGAUUUUCUCUCAACUGUUAUCAACUGGAAAAUAUGGAAAUGUAGAAUGUCUGCAAUUGCAUUAUAUGCAAAGUGUAAAUAAAUUUCUGUGUAACUUUUUAUUUUAAA